UCUCCUGUCGAUCUCCAUAUAUCACUGAAGGCUCGCUUUCCACCACACCGCGCAUUGAAUUGACUUCAUUAUCCACUGUUUCUGCAACUCAUUUAAUCUCUUCAUCUCUACAGCUAUGCAACAGGAUGAUACCCACACUACAUCACAUGCUUCCUUCAUUAUUGACUUUACCCACAAGUUAAAUAUAUAUAUACAUAUUUCUGAGAUGGGUUGCUACACUAUCGUCUUCUUAUCUCCGCGGAUUUUCUGGUAGACUUUGGAAUUCUGAAUUUUGGGUGACGAGAGCCUGCUCACUUAUUCUCUUGCAUCUCUCUCAGGGAAGUCUCAUGGGUUGAGUUACUUAUAGGGGGUUGUGGAGAGUGUUUGAAUGCAAAUACCACUCUUUUCAGUUGAAAAUUUUCCUUUUUGGGGGUCUGGGUUUUGAAAACAAAGUGGUGAAAUAUUAUUGAUAUUGACAUGACCAAGUUUUCUGGGUUCUGGGUUUUGUUCUUGGUGGUUGGGACACCUUUCAUGUUCCUACACUGCUCCGGUUCCUCAAUUCCUGAUAUGGUCUUCACCCAUCAUGUGGGUAGUGCUACCAUGAAAGCAACAAGCAGGAAGCUGAAGGUGAAUGGCUAUGAGCAUAACUUAGGCACUGAUAAGAAGAUCAUUGCAGGGAAUGUAAAUUUGGAAGAUUAUCAUCCCAUUGAUCCAGUUCCAAGUUCAAAGGCUUCCAUAAAACCUGGACCUAUCCAACAUGGCACUCCUCUUAUUCCUUACAUUCCAAAGCCCUCACCACCUGGCCAUCCCAAGCCUGGUGGGUUUUUUUAGCUUACCAUAUAUAGAACUAUUUCUACAUAGUGUCUAUGCUAGACACCUGAAGAAUGUAGUACCUCAUGUUUCUCAUGGUGUUCAAUUACCCUGUUUGUUGUGGUCCUCAUAUGACCAUUGCUUAUGAUAUUUAUGUGUUUGUUAUUAUUAUGGACCUGUAUCUGGUAAAUUACUAAAAUGAUUAAGAUUACUAAUUGAAUUGAUCUUGA